AUGGCGACUGGUGGCUCAAACCAGCCCCAUAUUCUGGUGUUUCCAUACCCAGCACAAGGCCACAUGCUCCCACUCCUUGAUCUCACCCACCAUUUGGCCCUCCAAGACUUUAUCAUCACCAUUAUAAUCACCCCCAAGAACCUCCCAACUCUACGCCCACUCAUCUCUGCUCACCCCAUCACUGUUCACACCUUGGUCCUCCCCUUUCCAGCCUACCCCAACUUACCCUCCGGCGUGGAGAACGUCAGGGACAUCGGCAAUGCCGGAAACUUUCCCAUAUCUAACGCCCUCGGAAAACUCAGGGAGCCCAUUAUCCACUGGUAUGAAUCCCAUCACAAUCCCCCUGUUGCCCUUAUCUCUGACUUUUUCCUUGGGUGGACUCUGCACCUUGCCCAGCAGAUUAAUAUUCCCAGGGUAGCCUUCUUCUCAUCUCAGGUUCUAUUAAGCUUUGUUCUUGAUCAGUGUUGUAGUGUUUUGAGUGCCUUGGAAAAGAGUUCUUGCUCGGUCGUGGAAUUCCCUGAUUUCCCUGGAUCCCCGUCCUUCAAAGAGGAACAUUUGCCUUCCAUAGUGCGGCUCUGCAGGGAAUCAAAACCAGACACUGAUUUCGUCAGAGAUGGCCUCAUGGCAAACUAUUCCAGCUGGGGUUGUGUUUUUAAUACCUUCGAAGAUUUAGAAGGAGAGUAUUUAAGAUACUUAAAGAAGAAAUUGGGUCACCGGAGAAUCUACGGGGUUGGCCCAUUAAGUUCACUUGGCAUUAGGGAAAGACCUGAUCCUGAGAACAAUCUAGAUUGUGCAAGCGUUCUGGCUUGGCUUGAUGAGUGUCCAGAUGACUCCGUACUCUAUGUUUGUUUUGGGAGUCAGAAGCUGCUAAAGAGGCAGCAAAUGGAGGCCUUGGCUUCUGCGCUUGAACAGAGCGGGAUCCAGUUCAUAUGGGUCGUGAAAACUGGCACCGCCGAGCAGGUUACAGCAGGGAUUGGUGUUGUUCCAGAUGGAUUCGAGGAGAGAAUAGGUAAGAAGGGAUUGGUUGUAAAGAGUUGGGCGCCACAGGUGAUGAUACUGGGCCACCGAGCUGUGGGAGGAUUUCUAAGUCACUGUGGAUGGAACUCGACACUGGAAGGCAUAGAAGCUGGGGUGAGGAUAUUGGGAUGGCCCAUGGAGGCCGACCAGCAUGUAAAUGCUAGGCUGCUGGUGGAGUGCAUGGGUAUAGCUACCAGGGUGUGCGAGGGAGCAGAUGCAGUGCCUGAACCUGCUGAGCUGGGAAAGGCGAUAGCCAAAUCCAUGAGUGAGAAUGCACCUGAGAAAAUGAAAGCCAAAGAGUUCAGAGAGAAGGCUCUUGCAGCAGUGAGCGACAGUGGGAGCUCUUUGAACGAUUUGGAUGAGCUUGUGAGAGAGUUGUGUCAGCUCCAUAAGCCUGUUGCAAAUGAGAUGGUGAAGCAAUGAACUUGAGAGAGUGAAAGACGAGGAGGUGAAUACAAGAAUAAGAUAGUGCGAAUAUCAAAAUUAUGUUUAAAUCUAUUAUGAUAUUAACUUGUACUAAAAUGUUUGUGAAUCUAAGAUUGUAUGGCCAAUUGAACUAGAGCUGCGUAAAGAAUAAUUAUAAUUUGUGCCCUGAGUCUCAUCAAUAAAAUCCGCACAGAUGUGCCAAGACUAUUAAUCUAA